AUGCGUGUGGGCGAGAAAACGCCGCAAUGGGAGCUGCUGACCAUUGAUGACGUCAUCGAGCGCUGCUGCGUUGUUGCCGCGAAUCGAGCGGGUAUACAGUGCGGCAUUCUGUUCAUAGCAUGUGUCCUUCUUGACAAUAUUGAUAUUGAUAUUGCGCUCGAUGACGCCAUCGAUGGUGAGCUCGCCCUCCUCUGGUACGAGCCUGCUAAUCCUGCUUAUGAUGGAGAAUGA